GAGAGACAAAAAAAUGGGAUUGCAGAAGAGUCAAAUUUUGAGCCAUUUUUUUUAGGUCUGCAAUUUUUGUUAGGUUGGUGGAAUUGCCAGUUUAUCGAAUUUUUUUUUCUUUUCUUGAAUUAGUUGUUUUUCUCAUUUCUCUGUAUUUCUUUUAUUUUUCACACUUAGAACUUGGAGAAAACGUUGGCUUUAUCCACCCUUUUUCCUUACUACUUGCAACUUCAUGGGUUUGCAUCGAGCCUUCUCGUCUUCCCCAUCGUCACGAUCGACCCCACCAGCUGCUCUGUCGCCACGUGAGGACCUGACGAGAUCGAAUAGCAGCUCGCAAUGGAAAGUGAGCUCUAAAUGGUUGAAACGACUGGGUUCCCGUCGUACCUCCACAGCCUCCCCUUCACCAACCGCCACCCCCACAGACCGCGGUGCUUUGGUCACCAUCGUGGAGAAUGCACAACACAAUGCGGUCAUGCCAUUCACACUAUCUCCGCCUCCCCUAGACUGGAAGACCGACUAUAUUGCUGGAACCAAUAAAUCCACAUCCUUUCCUACGUCUCCAAACCCCACCAACAACACCACGACGGAAACUGACGAGACGGAAAACCCCAACGACCAAGUAUUACCGUUGCCCCGUAAAAUUUAUCCGGCAUUGUUAUCGUCGGUCGCUUUGGAAUUUCAGCAAAAAGUCGUUUUAAGUGACCGUAUUAAACACAACAUUGAAUACAAAGCGGUAUUCGAUGGUCAAGAAGCAGUGGAUAAACUUUUAAUCAUUCUUGGCACCAAAAAUCGCUCACUGGCCAUCCGGGUGGGCCGAUCCCUAGGCGCCCAACGGUUAUUUCACGAUGUCCACUACGAGAAUGAACUUAUGGAUUCUUCCUCAGAGAUUUAUCAGUUUUCGCAACGAGUGGCGUACUAUGACGACGAUCGAUUGUCCCACAGCACCAUGACUACCGCCACCACCCUCAGCAGUCAAAGUAGUUGCAGUACGCUUCAUCAGUUGAUGAACGACGAUGAUAACGAUGACGACGACGACGAAAAUGCCCAUGGAGAAGGAGACCAAACAAUGCGGUCUACCAAUGGGCUGCAGGAUCCAGAUCGUCGCGUGAAUGGUAUCUUUACACCGCUCACUUAUUGUUAUGCGCCUACAUGCACCAAACAACAUCCUUGUUACAGUUAUGCGUGCCCCCAGAAACGGAAAUACCGAGCCGGUAGCGUGGAUACACGAGGGGCCAGUUCAACCCCGCAUGCGUACUUGCAAAAGGAAACACAACAACUGUGGGUCACCACCGUUCCCUCCGCAGUCAGAGAUUCGAUUUCACCUAGAGAUCGCAAACGACAAGAAAUCAUUUACGAACUUAUAUACACAGAGUUUGACUAUGUGAUGGAUCUUGAAUACAUACACAAGAUGUGGAUCAAUCCUUUACGUGAAUCCGAUGUCAUUCCUUUAGAUCGUCGAGAAUAUUUCAUCAAAAAAGUGUUUUCGAAUUUGUAUAAAAUAUAUCAGGUCAAUUCACGCCUCAUCGAGGCAUUGCUGUUGCGACAAAAAGAGCAUCCGAUCGUACACCAUAUUGGCGACAUUCUUCUUCGCUAUGCUGUAGACUUUGAACCCUACAUACACUACGGCGCCAUGCAGUACGAGGGCAAAUGUGUUUUAGAACACGAACGAUUUCGGAAUAGACGUUUCAAUCAAUUCGCAGAGGAAACCGAACGUCAUCCUUCAUCGCGAAAAUUGGAAUUGAAUGGUUAUCUUACCAAGCCCACGACACGAUUGGGACGCUAUACCUUGUUUCUGGAUAACAUUUUGAAAUAUACACAGGAAGAUCAUCCUGACCGCCCCAACCUGUUAAAAGUGAUGGAGGUCAUUAAACAGUUUCUAACACGCGUCAAUACGGAAACUGGCAAAGCCAAGAAUCGAUACGAUCUGGAUCGAUUGCAUCAACAUAUUCUCUUCAAAAAUGAACAAGAUGAGCUGGACCUCAACUUGAUGGAUGUGAAUCGUCAGAUUAUCAAACAAGGCACACUUCGAAAGGCGUCUACUUCGCACUCUACAGAAUACCAUGUGAUUCUGCUGGAUCAUUAUUUACUUAUCACCAAAAUGAAAAUGAUUGGCGUGACCGAAUACUUUAUCGUACAAACCAAGCCUAUUCCUCUACCUUUGCUUUCAGUGACCGUGCCUUCCACACGAGUUCGCGUGAAACGGACCGUGUCUGUACUUCCGCAACUUGCUCAAUCCAAUCUUGGCCCCGAGUUACCGAAACGAUCCUUGACCGAUGCUCAGCCACUAGAUGCAGGAGUUCACGGAGAAAUGGGAUAUCCAAUUGCGUUUCAGCAUUUGGGACGUUACGGAACCGAUCAAUUUGUUCUCUAUGCAUCGUCGCUGGCGACACGCAAACCGUGGCUGGACCAAGUGCAAAAGCAACAAUCAGUCUACGAAAAAUUGCCAAUUUUCAAACCAGUGCCACGCAUUUCGUCCAAAGUAUUGCCAUUUGGUGUAAAAAUUCAUCAGUUGAUACUUUUUUCUAAUGGAAAACGGUAUGCUCUGGCGACGGAUGCAGGCGUUUACGUUGCUAGUGCGGAUCAACUUGGCCGACCCAAACGUAUCUUGGAGUUGGAAAAAGUGACGCAAAUUCACAUCAUGGAACCGUAUCAGCUAUUGCUCGUGCUGGCUGACAAGAUUCUCUGGGAAUAUCCUCUAUCGGUAUUUGACCCAAAGUGCGAGAACCCACUGACAGGAAAGAAAGUGCAAGGGCAGGUUCCCUUUUUUCAUGUGGGUACAUGCCUAAAUCGCACUCUCGUCUGUGUACCGCGUACGUCACCACUCAAGUCGACCAUCACCACUUAUGAAGCAUGCCACUCCGAGACCAAUCGAAGACAAAAGAUGUUUUCCAACUGGAUGCGAUCGUCAGCCCUGAAUGAUCUGCACUUGCAGCGGUUCAAGGAUGUCUAUGUCCCGAGCGAAGCGUGGGCUCUCGAUUUGACCCCCAGCAAAGUAUUGAUUACCAGUCCGCGUGGUAUUAUUCUGGUCGACAUGCAAACCGCCAAACCGCAACAAUUAUUGAAUCCUAGAGAUCGCCAAUUGUCGUUUGUGACCGAUCGAGAAAAGGAAGAAUCCAACUUGAGUCUUCGUCCGACCGUCAAACACAUUCAUGUGUUCCGCACUCCCUCGGGACAUCACUUUGUGUGUUAUGACGAAUUUGCUUUUUACAUUGACGGCAAAGGCAACCGUGUACAUCCCAACUUUUUCAUCGAAUGGGCCGGUGCGCCGGAAUGUUUUAGCUUUCAUUUUCCCUAUGUGAUUGCCUUCGAACCGUCUCUUAUUGAAAUCCGCAACAUCAUCACUGGUGAUCUUGAGCAGAUUAUUCAAGGAAAUCACAUCCGCUGUAUCCAACCGGGCCAUAAAUUGGAUAAACCCGUUAUCUUCUAUCUGAUGGAGGAUCCUGACCGACCUUUCCAGCAAACCGUCUUUGAGCUUCAGUUCUCCAAAGAAACGCAUUGAUACCUGAACCCUUUAUCUUAUUUCAUCCGUGACGACGAGAUGAACAAUUUUGUUUUCAAGGCAAUAUCUUGAUUGUCUGCUAUCAAGAACCUUCUGUCUUGAAAAGUUAACAUCUCAUUGCCGUGUAAAUUUUCUACAUAGAAGCUGUAUUUUUCUCUUACCGUAAUUCUAUCUAUUAAUCACCUGCUUGCAUUCUCUUCUAUUACUAUUGCCUAUUAUUAUUAUCAUGCUAAUCCCUUCCUUUUCCCUUUCUGUACGCGAUAUUUUAUCCAAC